GGGGACUUUUAUUUUGGUUUGUGGUGUAAAGCGCAAGAGCGGAAGUGAGGUCGUUAGUUUCCUGCAGAUGAGGCAGAAUAAACGAUGCUGGAUUUAAUGUGUUUCGUUCAAGAACAAAGGAGGAAACUAUUCGUCUAGUUAAAGAAUAAAGAGUCAAAUAUUCAGUGGUUGAACAGAAACGCCAUUAUCAAUGUUAGCGGACUCAGUGGGCAGCGGGCGAUGUCGGGGAAGGAAGCGGUCAGCAGCAGCAGUGGGUGGGCUGGACACUGGUGGGCGGGGCCGCAGCAGCACACCUGCAGCACAGACGAGAAGGAAAGUGCCAGAGCCUGGAGAAGAUGACGAUCAAUCGGAGAAGAAGUUCAGGAAGUGUGAGAAAUCCGGAUGUCCUGCGACGUACCCUAUGUGUUUCGCCAGCGCAUCUGAGAGGUGUGCUAGAAACGGCUACACGUCGCGCUGGUAUCACCUGUCGUGCGGCGAGCACUUCUGUAACGAGUGUUUUGACCAUUACUACAGGAGUCAUAAAGACGGCUACGAGACCUUCUCCUCGUGGAAGCAGGUUUGGACCAGCAAUGGGAAGAGCGAGCCCAGCCUCAAAGCCUUCAUGGCCGACCAGGAGCUGCCCUACUGGGUUCACUGCACUAAAGCAGACUGUGGUAAAUGGCGUCAGCUGAGUAAAGACACGCAUCUGUCGGCCGCGCUGGCCUCCUCGUACCGCUGCGGGAUGAAGUUCAACAGCAGCAAAGCGGAAGGAAGUGAUGCGUGCUCUCAGCCGGAGGACCUGCGAGUGGCCGGUGUGACAGACAGCUGGUGGCUCUCUAUGCUCAUCCUGCCGCCGCUGUUUAAGGACAGUCCCGCCACUCCGUUCCUCUCCUGCUAUUACCCCGACUGCGUGGGCAUGAGCCCGUCUGCCUCGCCUAGCAACCAUCCCCCCGGCAACCAGCGGCCCGAGCAACGGCGAGCUGCUCAGCCUCACAUUCCCGGACUCUCGCCCUACUUCCAGCCCUUCUAUCAGCCGAACGAGUGUGGGAAAGCCCUGUGUGUCAGACCUGACAUGAUGGAGCUGGAUGAGCUGUACGAGUUCCCCGAGUUCUCCAGAGAUCCCACCAUGUACCUGGCGCUGAGGAACCUGGUGCUGGCGGCCUGGAGCCGAGACUGCAAGGAGGUUCUGACGCUGCAGAAGUGCGCUCCUCACGUGAUCGUGCGUGGGCUGGUGCGCGUCCGCUGCGUGCAGGAGCUGGACCGGGUUCUGUACUUCAUGAACCGGAAGGGUCUGAUCAACACCGGAGCGCUGCAGAUCAAGUGGCCGCUGCUGCCCGAGUCACAGCACAACAAGGUGCUGGUCAUCGGUGCAGGUGCCGCGGGGCUCGCUGCUGCUCGACAGCUCCAGAACUUCGGCAUGCAGGUGGUGGUUCUGGAGGCCAGGGAGCGAAUCGGAGGACGAGUUUGGGACGAUGCAUCACUGGGCGUGACGGUGGGGUGCGGAGCUCAGAUCGUGAAUGGCUGCGUGAACAACCCCAUCGCCCUGAUGUGUGAGCAGUUGGGACUGCAGAUGCACACUCUGGGUGUCCGCUGCGAGCUCAUUCAGGAAGGCGGACGCGUCACCGAUACAGCUCUGGACAAACGCAUGGACUUCCACUUUAACGCCGUGCUGGACGCCGUAUCCGAUUGGAGGAAAGACAAGUCACAGUCCCAGGAUGCACCACUGGGCGAGAAGAUCCAGGAAGUGUACAAGACGUUCCUGCAGGAGUCUGGAAUUCAGUUCACCGACCUGGAGGAGAAAGUUCUGCACUUCCAUCUGAGUAACCUGGAAUACGCCUGCGGAAGCACACUGGACCAGGUGUCGGCGUGCUCGUGGGAUCAUAACGAGUGUUUCGCUCAGUUCUCUGGAGAUCACACGCUGCUCGCUGACGGAUACUCGUCUGUCCUGCACAAACUCGCUCAGGGACUCGACAUCCGGCUCAAUACCGCGGUGCAGCAUGUGGACUAUUCUGGAGAGGGAGUGACGGUGACGUCCCGCUGCGGCUCUCGCUGGAACGCACAGAAGGUUCUGGUGACGGUGCCGCUGGCUCUGCUGCAGAAGAGCAUCAUUGGUUUCAGUCCUCCUCUGCCUGACAGGAAGCUCAAAGCCAUCCACAGUCUGGGAGCCGGAGUCAUUGAGAAGGUGGCGCUCCAGUUCCCCACACGCUUCUGGGACAGUAAAAUCCAGGGAGCGGAUUAUUUCGGCCACAUCCCGCCCUGUCCGGAGAAGAGAGGCCUGUUUAGUGUGUUCUACGACAUGUGUCCGCAGGGUGACGAGUGUGUGCUGAUGACGGUGGUCACCGGCGAGGCUCUGUCUCUGCUCAGAGAUCUUCAGGACUCUCAGGUGGUGGAUCUGUGCAUGAGUGUCCUCAGAGAGCUCUUCCAGGAGCAGGAGGUUCCGGAUCCGCUGCGGUUCCUGGUGACCCGCUGGAGCAGAGACCCGUGGGCUCAGAUGUCCUACAGCUUCGUGAAGACGGGUGGCAGCGGCGAGGCCUAUGACAUCAUCGCCGAAGACGUGCAGGGCAAGCUGUUCUUCGCCGGCGAGGCCACAAACAGACACUUUCCUCAGACGGUGACGGGAGCGUAUCUGAGUGGAGUGCGUGAGGCCAGCAAGAUAGCAGCGCUUUAGUACUGAGUGAUCACCACUACCACCACCACACACACACACACACACACACACACUCACUCUCACACACACUCACACACACACGCACACACAUCAGUGUCCUUCUGCAAGUCUUUUACUGACUGAAUCAAUGAACUUUUAUUUCACCUUUUACGGUUUUGAAGUUCUGUUAAAAAUCACAGUUCAUCAACAUGUUAUGAGCUGUUUUGCUUUUUAUUUUAUUUCACAGCUGAAAUGAAAUGAAUUGAUGUGAUUUUCUGCUGACUGUGGAAUUAUGGGUUUUGUAUGAUUAUGUAAAGAGAUGCACAUGAAGCUUUAUUCUGUAAAUUGUCUUUUGUCAUGAAUAUCUGUUCAAAUUAAUUAUAGAAAUAUUUUGCUUAAUUACACUUGUUUUGAAACAGGCUCAGUUGUGUUAAGAUCCUUUGUUCCUCUAAAAAUAUUAAAAAUUAUAA